AUGCAUUCUCAGAUUGUCUCGUGCAUGGCUCUUUCUUUACUAGCCACCAUCGCAAGUGCGCGGUUCGAGGACCCAGAGCACCCAUACAUAGCCCCAGCCUCAACCGACCGUCGCUCGCCAUGCCCAGCCCUCAACAUCCUUGCCAAUCACGGCUACAUCAACCGCGACGGUGCCUUCAUCUCAAGUGAAAGCGCCACGGUAGCUCAGAUGCAAGCCUUCAACUUCUCCCGCGCCGUGUCAGCGGGCCCCGUUCCCGCGGCGCUGAAGUACUCCACCACGGGUGUGAACGGGUCUUUCCACCUCGACGACCUGGCGCAGAAGCCACUAGAUCACGACGGAAGCUUGAGUCGUGGAGACCUCGCGCUGGGUGAUAACCUGCGCUUCAACAGGACGAUUUGGAAUUCCUUUGUGGCUAGAUUGCCUGACGAAUUCGUUACCUGGAAGCAAGCUGCCGAAGCUGGUGCUGCAAGACUCGAGGAUGCGAGGAAGGAGAACCCUGAUUUUGUGCUUGAUGCUGCAGGGGUCGCGGCUACGGUGGAGCAGAUGAGUGGUCUCCUUGCUGCCCUUGGAGGAAGUGUUGAGGACGGAAAGGCGAGGAGGGAUUGGAUCAAUGCGAGUUUCGUGGAGGAGAGAUUGCCUUGGGCGCUUGGUUGGAAGACGAGUGAGACGGUGCUUGAGGGAGCUGCAUUUGGACCCAUGGCCAAGGCUCUGAGGGAGUAUGCGCCGGGCGGUGUUUGA